AUGUCUUCUCAUUUUUCACCUUAUAUUGAUUUAUUUUGUCGAGGUUUAUAUGAUUCAGUACGAAAUUCAUUUAAUGUCUUGACAAUUGAUGAUGAUUUUAGUAAAAAAUCAUCAGAAAAAAAUUCAAUUAAACAACAUCCACAUCAACCAAAACCUAAACGAAGUUCAUCAUCAUCAGAUACAAAACGUGUUAAAUCAAAUUUAGCACUUUUAUGUUUAUUUAAUGGUGGAAUACUUCUUUGUGGCAUGCUUUGUUUUAAUUAUCUUUUUUUACCUAUUUUUCGUCGACUAUUCAAUACAUUAGCUGGAUUAGAUUCAUCAUCAUCAUCUCGACCAUUAUUAGUUAUACAAUAUAUAUUAACAUAUACAUUUAAUUUUCUAUGGCUUAUUCCAGCAUUUAUUAUAUCAAAAUUUGUAAAUUCAUAUUGGUUUCGUGAUAUAGCUGAUGUUGUCUAUAAAAAAUUAACUAAACAUAAUCAAGCAUUACCAGCAUUAUCAUUUUCACGUUCAAUAAGUGAUAUAUUAUUUAGUUUAAUAAUGCAAAUUUUUUUUCUUAUUCAAUCAACAUUUAUAUUAGUUAUACCUGUACCUAUACUUAAUACAAUAUUUGGUCAUAUGUGUCUUUGUUUACUUUAUUCAUUUUAUGCAUUUGAAUAUGCAUGGAUAUAUGCAAAUUUAAAUGUUAAACAACGUGUUGAACGUAUUGAAACAUAUUGGCCAUAUUUUCUUGGUUUUGGCUUUCCAUUAACAAUGCUAUCAACACAACUUUUUAAAUCAAUUAUUAUAAAUGAAUGUAUUUUUUCGAUUUUAUUUCCAUUUGCAAUUGUUGCAGCAACAUCAGUUAAUUUUAAAGAACGUGUUAAAUUACAACAAACACAAACACAUAUUAUAUCAUUGAAUAUAUUUGCUGGUUGUAUUCGUUUAACAAGUCGUCUAUUUGAUAUGCUCAAAAAAAAACGUCCUUCAACUACAGUAACAACUGUCCAAUAA